UGGGGAAUGAAAGGAAAUCCUGACUGCUCUCCCUGCUGCUGAGAUCUGCUUUUGUCCUUUAGCAGGGAGCCUACCGCUUUGGCCUGCAAGAUGCUUGACGACUGGUUUUGCAGGGCCAGUAUUCCCUGCCCUCCAGGGAUCUUCCCAACCCUAUGUGGAUACUUCACUGGUCUGUGGGCUGGACCCAGGCCCUGCCCUCGCACCCCUGCUCCCUGGGAAGGAUCUGUGCUGCAAGCCAGGGGGCCAUACUACGAUUGUCAGAUCUAUAUCCUUUAGAGCCACGGGGUGGGGCGAUGGGACUCUACUUUAGGGACUUGCUUUGGAGCGAUGGUUUAAAGACAAUUCUUGCCAAAGCUGGGAACUGGCGGUCCUAAAGUUGGCUGUGUUUCCAUGGUGUCGGCAGCGGAGCCUAGGGGGCGGGUUCACGCAAGCGCCGAGGAAGCCGGUGGGUGGAGUCUGAGUGUGGGUGCGCAGGCGCUCUGAGAGACAGUGAAGCCGGCGGCCGGUGGCCGGGCGGGACCAACAAAGAUGGCGGCGGCCCCUGCGGUGGGAGAGAUCUGGGCACUAGCUGCGGCUAAAGCUGCAGCCGGGCCCGCGGGGGCGCUGCACGAGGGUAGUAGGGGGUGGCCCUGAGCUGGGGCCUGGCCCCGGCUGGCCUACCCCGCCGCCUCACCCGGGGACAGGUACGGUCCGGGGCGUUAUGGUGUGGGGGUGCCGAGGGAAGACUGUUCCAGACCCGAGAGAUCGCCCACCCCAAAAGCAGAGGUGCUGGGGGCCCGGCAGGCCUGCGAGAACUGGGCUGGAGGGACCAGCAUCCAUGGAUCGUGUAGAAUAUGCCGCUGGACCCCGUAGCCAAUCAGCAGCCUCGGCCUUUCUGCCCUCGAGGGGGGCGGACCCGGUUGAAACCUCCUGUGGUGGGAGAUGUGCAGAGAUUAGGGGUCAGGGAGUUAGUUCGUCCUCCCUCCCCGCCACAGCCCCUGAGCCCCAACACCACUUUGGAGCUCAGAGGUGGGGGAGGGAGGAACCUUUUUAGUGUGCUUCAUUUGCAGCCAGGAGGGGCAGGGGUUUGAGAAUGGAAUGCUGUCCUUGGGGCUGUUAUACUUGCAUCCACACCGCUAUUUGACCAGAGGUCCCAAGUGACCCAGAGCACAUCCCACUUGACUAGGCAGGUCCAGCCUGUGGUGUCCACAAUGCCCCAGGCUUCUGAGCACCGCCUGGGACGGACCCGAGAGCCACCUCUUAAUGUCCAGCCCCGAGUGGGAUCCAAGCUACCAUUUGCUCCCAGGGCCCGGAGCAAGGAGCGCCGAAACCCAGGCCCUGGGCCGAACCCUGUGUUACGACCUCUGCCUCCUAGGCCAGGUCCCCCUGAGGAACGGCUCAAGAAACUGGAGCUGGGACGGGGACGGACCUCAGGCCCUCGUCCCAGAGGCCCGCUUCGGGCAGAUCAUGGAGUUCCCCUGCCUGGCUCACCACCCCCAACUGUGGCUCUGCCUCUCCCAUCAAGGACCAACCUAGCCCGUUCCAAGUCUGUGAGCAGUGGGGACUUGCGUCCAAUGGGGAUUGCCUUGGGAGGGCACCGCGGCACUGGAGAGCUAGGGGCUGCACUGAGCCGCUUGGCUCUCCGGCCUGAGCCACCCACUUUGAGACGUAGCACCUCUCUCCGCCGCCUUGGGGGCUUUUCUGGGCCACCCACCUUGCUCAGCAUACGGACAGAGCCCCCUACUUCCCAUGGCUCCUUCCACGUGAUAUCUGCCCGGCCCUCUGAACCUUUCUACUCCGAUGACAAGAUGGCUCAUCACACACUGCUUCUGGGCUCUGGUCAUGUUGGCCUCCGAAACCUGGGGAACACGUGCUUCCUGAAUGCUGUGCUACAGUGUUUGAGCAGCACUCGGCCUCUUCGGGACUUCUGUCUGCGAAGGGACUUCCGGCAAGAGGUGCCUGGAGGGGGCCGAGCCCAAGAGCUCACUGAAGCCUUUGCAGAUGUGAUUGGUGCCCUGUGGCACCCUGACUCCUGUGAAGCUGUGAAUCCUACUCGAUUCCGAGCUGUCUUCCAGAAAUACGUUCCCUCCUUCUCUGGAUACAGCCAGCAGGAUGCCCAAGAGUUUCUGAAGCUCCUCAUGGAGCGGCUGCACCUCGAAAUCAACCGACGAGACCGCCGGGCUCCGCCAGUCCUGGCCAAUAGUCCAGCUCCCUCCCAACCCCGCCGUGGAGGGGCUCUGCUAGAAGAACCUGAGUUAAGCGAUGACGACCGAGCCAACCUAAUGUGGAAGCGUUACCUGGAGCGAGAGGACAGCAAGAUUGUGGACCUGUUUGUGGGCCAGUUGAAAAGUUGUCUCAAGUGCCAGUCCUGUGGGUAUCGCUCCACGACCUUCGAGGUUUUUUGUGACCUGUCCCUGCCCAUCCCCAAGAAAGGAUUUGCCGGGGGCAAGGUGUCUCUGCGGGAUUGUUUCAGCCUUUUCACCAAGGAAGAAGAGCUAGAAUCGGAGAAUGCCCCAGUGUGUGACCAAUGUCGGCAGAAAACACGAAGUACCAAAAAGUUGACAGUACAAAGAUUCCCCCGAAUCCUCGUGCUCCAUCUUAAUCGAUUUUCCGCCUCCCGGGGCUCCAUCAAGAAAAGUUCAGUAGGUGUAGACUUCCCGCUGCAGCGACUGAGCCUAGGGGACUUUGCCAGUGACAAAGCCGGAAGCCCCGUAUAUCAGCUGUAUGCCCUUUGCAACCAUUCGGGCAGUGUCCACUAUGGCCACUACACAGCCCUGUGCCGGUGCCAGACUGGUUGGCAUGUCUACAAUGACUCUCGUGUCUCCCCUGUUAGUGAAAACCAGGUGGCAUCCAGUGAGGGCUACGUGCUGUUCUACCAACUGAUGCAGGAGCCACCCCGGUGCCUGUGACAUCCCCUUUAAGCCCUGGCACCUGUGAAACCCUUUCAACACCCUCAAGCCCCCAGGCUCCCCAUUUACCUCAGAGACGUCUAUUUUUGUGUCUUUUUAAUCGGGGAGGGGGGAGGGGGUGGUUGUACCUCCCAUUAUUUUUUUUAUUAAAAAAUACCCUUCUACCUGGAGGCUCCCCUGUCUCCCAGCCCCAUGUACAGAGCUCCCCAGGCCCCUGCCCGUGUACAGCCCCCAGACCCUCUACAGUCUCACUUUUUUUUGUGAAUAAAUUUAUUAAGAAAAAAUGAUGUCCUUAUUUGUAUUUGUGCUUAAAGGGGGUGGAGAUACAGAACUAGGCCGAAUUGGAGUCUUCCUGGGACUCAGUUCCCUCUCUGAACAGAUGGGGGCGCGCUCAAAGCCGUGGGGGUGGGAGUGGGGAUAGAGGUGCCGGACCAGGACCCGUUGAUGCCAAGGUUUGACCACGCAGUGAAGGUUUACAUUGGGAGGAAAAGGGAAGGCGAGUUUGAGACUCGUGAAGCUGUAGGGAAGCCUGGAGCUAGAGCGCAGGCACUAGGUAGACGGGUUUUGCCGGCGUAGGGGGCUGCCCCCUCGAGAGCGAGGUGCCCAAGGGCCCCUGUUGAUAAACACGGUACGUUGCCGGGCCGCCCUAACUCCCGUAGGUCCAGGCUGUUGCUACCAUCAAGGAGCUGUUUAUGGAGCCACCUCCCCACGGACCAGCCUCCAGUGUCCCUAUCUACUCUCCCUACAACCAAAGCUCAUGAGGCCCUCCCUCCAGGGUUCUCAGCCUAGCUGGGCCUGGGAAGCUCGAGCUGGGGAAUGCUAACCAGCACGCAGCUCUCGCCGCUCCAGCCUUGAGGGGAAGUCAGUGAUGGAUACGGCUGCUUUCUCCAACCUGGCAUCGAACCAGUUAACUAACCUCCAGCUCCACAGAGCAACCUUCUACAGGGGCCAACCCUCCGCCUUUGCGGGAGGAGGAGCCGCUGCCGGUUCAGUGUUUUCAUUGGUGAGUGUGAUCGGGGCCUUCCAGGACCCACCAAUCCAGGAGCAGGAAGGUAAGGUCGGGAGUGUGCCGCGAGAAUAGAGUGGACGGAGAGUCGGAGAGACCGAAAAACUGGGAGGGGGGCGGGCGGUGAGGCAGCGGACUGAAACUCUAGGCCUAGUGGGGGCGGGCGGGACGGAAAGCGCUUCAGAAGACUGGCGGCAGGUCGGAGCCCAGAGCCCUGCGCUAGCAGAUAGCGUGGGUGUGGCCCUUAUCCACCUCCCAGCCCCCGCCCCUGGGACGCCGGCGGCGUGAUGUGUUGAGACCUCUGUCUCCUCCUUUCCCCUCAUUUUUCUCGUUCCUCUCGUGGGCUUCACCAUGGGCCGGACCGUGGUCGUGCUGGGCGGAGGGAUCAGCGGCUUGGCCGCUAGUUACCACCUGAGCCGGGCCCCUUGUCCCCCCAAGGUGAGUGCCCCCACUCCGUGCCAGAGGGAGCCUCCUUUAAUACUCCUGUCCCAUUUCCAGCAAGAGGGAAUGCGCCGCCCCAUUCCCCUCCUGACCCUUUACGCCGCCGCGGCCGCGGCCGCGGCUAUAGGCCGCAGUGUCUCCCUCUUGUCCCCAGGUGGUAUUGGUGGAGGGCAGCGAGCGCCUGGGAGGCUGGAUCCGCUCGGUACGAGGGCCAGAUGGUGCUGUCUUUGAACUUGGACCUCGAGGAAUUCGGCCGGCGGGAGUCCUGGGAGCCCGGACCCUGCUCAUGGUGAGCGGCUUGUGGAAUGCCUAGGAGAGGUUGUGGAGGGACCUUCACUGGAGAAUAGAGUGAAGGGGAGCAAGUAGAUUUGGUGAUCAGUCCUUUCCUUAGUUUAUGCUCUUUCUGAGGACGUGUGGAGCAGGUUUCCGAGCUUGGCUUGGACUCAGAAGUGUUGCCUGUCCGGGGAGACCAUGCAGCUGCCCAGAAUAGGUUCCUGUAUGUAGGUGGCGCCCUGCACGCCCUGCCCUCUGGCAUCAGGUAAUGCUAUCAUCUCUUUACUGCCAUCCUUCUCCGCUUCCAUCCUCACAUCCUUUCCAUUUCCUCAUCUUCCGGUUUGUCAGCCCUCCCAGCAAAAGGGGCCAAAUGAAUGGAAAUGACCCCCUGGAGCUGGGGGGUUAAAUCAGAGCUCCCUCUUCACUGUGCCUUCCUCCAUGCAGGGGGCUACUCCGCCCUUCACCUCCCUUCUCCAAACCUCUGUUUUGGGCUGGGCUGAAGGAGUUGACUACGCCCCGGGGCAAAGACCCUGAUGAGACUGUGCACAGUUUCGCCCAGCGCCGCCUUGGUCCUGAGGGCGGGGCCCACAGCCAGACUCAGCACUUAUUCGCCAGGCUCGGGCUGAGCGCUGGAGCCAGUGGUCACUCCGUGGAGGGCUGGAGACAUUGCCUCAGGCCCUUAACACCCACCUGACUAGUAGGGGUGUCAGUGUUCUCAGAGGCCAGCCAGUCUGUGGGCUCAGCCUCAAAGCAGAAGGGUGCUGGAAGGUAGGAGAGCCCCCUGGAGUGUAAUGAACCUGUCUGUUAGAGUUUCCAACUUUGUCUAAAUGCUUUAGCCGGCAGGACUGGAGUUUCUCCUUGUUCUCCUGUCCUAGAAGCUAUUUAAAUAUGGGCUACUCCACAUUCCUAGGCCUUAUUUGUGGACCUUCCUCCAAGACCUGUUUGAUCCAAACCUGUGGAUAGAAUAUAUAUAAGUGGCUCCCAGCUAGGGGCAAGAACCACUGAGCUCCACUAAACAUUUCAGAGUAGCCCACUGGCUUUUGUCUGGCCCACUUCCUGGAGUAAUGGGGGGAUGAUUUUUGUGCUGACUACUUAGUCUGUUCAUCCUGAGUCAGCACCCAGUCUCUCUCCUGCCUGGGAAACUAAGGCAAAAUUCCCAUGAUCUCUGUGUCUUUUAUUUUAUUUUAUUUAUUUAUUUUUUUUGCGGUACGUGGGCCUCUCACUGUUGUGGCCUCUCCUGCUGCGGAGCACAGGCUCCGGACGCGCAGGCUCAGCGGCCAUGGCUCAUGGGCCCAGCCGUUCCACGGCACGCGGGAUCCUCCCGGACGGGGGCACGAACCCGCGUCCCCUGCAUCAGCAGGCAGACUCCCAACCACUGCGCCGCCAGGGAAGCCCUCUGUGUCUUUUAAAUGUUUUCUUCCUCUCAGGUGUCUCUAGGGGACAGCAACCUGGAGGCUGACCACAUUAUUAGUGCCAUUCCAGCUUCAGGUAAUGUGGUGGUCACCCUCCCCUUCUCCAACCAGGUUGAGGCAACGUAGCUUCUUUCUGGGCCAGCAGGACCAUGCCAUGCCCCUGAACUGGUCAACCCUGUGGGAGUCUAAUCCCAAGGAGGGUUGGUAAAAUUGAAGCGUGAAUGCCUCCUGAGGCAGGCCUCUGCCUGCUCUCCUCCAGUGCUCAGCAAGCUGCUCCCUGCUGAGGCGGCACCGCUGGCUCGCGCUCUGAGUACCAUCACUGCUGUGUCUGUGGCUGUGGUGAAUCUGCAGUACCGAGGAGCUCGUCUGCCUGUCCAGGGAUUUGGACAUUUGGUGCCAUCCUCAGAAGACCCAGGCAUCCUGGGAAUCGUGUAUGACUCAGUUGCUUUCCCU